GGGGGCGCCAGCGAGUCCGCACACCUCUCCGCUAAAGAUGUGAAAAUGGCGGAGCUACAAAUGCUUCUGGAAGAGGAGAUUCCAGCAGGACGAAGCGCUCUCCUGGACAGUUUCACCAAUUUGGAAAGAGUCGCGGAGUACUGCGAGAGCAACUAUGUCCAGUCUCCAGAUAAGCAGAGGGCGCUGGAGGAGACCAAGAACUACACCACUCAGUCUCUGGCCAGCGUAGCCUACCUGAUCAACACGCUGGCCAACAAUGUCCUGCAGAUGCUGGACAUCCAGGCCUCACAGCUCCGCCGCAUGGAGUCCUCCAUCAACCACAUCUCACAGACGGUGGACAUCCAUAAAGAGAAGGUCGCCCGGCGGGAGAUCGGCAUCCUCACCACCAACAAGAACACGUCCCGCACGCACAAGAUCAUCGCCCCGGCCAAUCCGGAGAGGCCUGUGCGCUACAUCCGCAAACCCAUCGACUACAGCCUGCUGGACGACAUGGGCCACGGAGUCAAGUGGUUGCAAAGGUUUAAGGCCAGCGCUCAAAACAUGAAGGCCGGAGGAGGAGGUGGACUUCCUCGCACCAACCCCCCAACACAGAAACCCCCCAGCCCGCCCAUGACGGGGAAAGGGACUCUUGGGCGACACUCCCCCUAUAGGACGCUCGAGCCGGUGCGUCCACCCGUUGUCCCUAACGACUACGUCUCGAGCCCGACGCGCAACAUGGCGCAUCCCCAGCAGAGCCCUGCACGCACUGCAUCCGUUAAUCAGAGGAACCGCACGUACAGCAGUGGGAGCAGCGGAGGAAGCCACCCCAGCAGCAGUCGCAGCAGCAGCCGAGAGAACAGCGGCAGCGGCAGCGUGGGCGUGCCCAUCGCCGUGCCGACCCCAGCCCCGCCCACCGCCUUCCCAGGUUCAGCCCCCGCCCCGUCCAACCCGGCUAAACCUCCCCCAAACACUGCCACAACCCCCGGGGCCCCUUCCUCGGGCCUCGACGGCCCCCCACAGGCCCCCAAUCCCCCCGUAGAGAUCCCGCCUGUCCCCCCACCUCCUCCCCAGCUCCCCGCCUCCGUGGCCCCCACAGGCCCUGCUGCUUAUGGCAACCCUGCACAAGGUGCUCCUCAGUUCUACAGCAUGAACCGCCCGGUGCAGCAGCCCCAGAACGCUCCGGUGGGAGGCUCGCUGCCGUACCGCCGACCCUCCUCCGUCACCGGUCAGCCCAACAUGGCCCACAACCAGAGCCAGCUCAACGGGGGGCCGCACUUCGCCCAGAACCAAGCAGGCCCACUCGCGCCCCCUCCCCCCUCCAUGCAGAUCACCCCUCAGCUGCCUCUGAUGGGCUUUGUGGCCCGAGUUCAGGAGACCAUCUCAGACGUGCCGCCGCCACCUCCUCCUGCCGACGAGCCGGUGUUCGAGGAGCCGACUCCUCCGCCGCCGCCGCCGCCCGAAGACUACGAGGACGACGAGGACGAAGAGGAGUCGGCGGUGGUGGAGUACAGCGACCCGUACGCCGAGGAGGACCCGCCCUGGGCGCCACGCAGCUACCUGGAGAAAGUGGUGGCCAUCUACGACUACACCCGCGACAAAGACGACGAGCUCUCGUUCCAGGAGGGCGCCAUCAUCUACGUGAUCAAGAAGAACGACGACGGCUGGUACGAGGGCGUGAUGAACGGCACCACGGGCCUCUUCCCCGGCAACUACGUCGAGUCCAUCAUGCACUACGCCGACUGAACAAAACCCUCCC